GAGGAAGAAAAUGCAACUGACAUCGACGACGUGCAAGUGGAAGAAGAAGAACAACCAAAAGGGUCAACAACAGACAGCAAGGAUAGCGAUCCUUCAUCACACACUUCUGUCAGCGAUGUUGAAGAUAGCGAUAGUGACCAGGAUGAUCACAACAGCGAUACAGGUAAAAGUGUCCCACCCAACAUGAGAUGGUAUAUUAAAAAGGAUGGAAAUAAUGUGCACAUCUCCAAAGCUCUUAAAGUUCUGUUACCUAGGGAGUACAUCUCAAAAGAACGAUCCAGAAGACACUGGGUAGGAAAAUCCCUUAUUCAAGCUUGGAGUAAGAUAGAUAAAAGUCAUGAUGUGAUCAGGUUCCGGGACGUGGCUGUAAGGGUCAAAGACCAGGUGGAGUUCUUGCACAUUCUCUCUAUACAAUCAGAGGAGGGGAAAGAACAGAUAAGUGCAAAUUCGAAAAAUAAAGGGUCAGUGAGAGGUCGACCAUACACUGAAGUAAGUCAAGGUAAAUAUGAUGUUCCUUACAAGAUUUUAUUGUCCAAGUGGAUCCCUCUCAAUAAAGUGCUUUGUGAAAUUGAAAUGGUGAAGAAUGAGGAUGGCACAUCUUCAUUAUCUGAGGACAGCAUUGCCAAACUGCAACUGAAGGAAAAAGACAACCUGAAAAUUGCUAGCACUGCAGAUACAAAUACUGAUGAUGACUACUAUGAGGUGGAAAAGGUUUUAGAAGUAAGACUCAACAAGCAGUUCCACUCAGAAGAAUACAAAGUUAGGUUUAAAGGAUACACCUCUGAUGAUGACAUGUGGCUGCCAAGCUCUGCUUUUAAAGAG